UCUCCCUAGAACCAUCUCGUCUCCUCUUUAGACCUAUUAAUAAUAAUAAUCCCCCGUUAAUUUCUAUUCAUUCCUCUCAAAACCCCAAAUAAUCUUUCUCUCAUCUCCAAUCUAUGCAAUGGCAGACGAAGCCAAAGCCAAAGGUAACGCCGCCUUCUCGUCGGGCAACUAUACCGACGCAAUUAAACACUUUUCUGACGCUAUCUCUCUUUCUCCUUCAAACCAUGUUCUUUUCUCAAACCGAUCUGCUGCAUUUGCUUCUUUAGGAAAGUUUUCCGAUGCUUUAUCCGAUGCUCAGAAAACCGUCGAACUUAAACCCGAUUGGGCUAAAGGGUAUAGUCGUUUGGGUGCCGCUUAUUCGGGUCUCCAUAAUUACUCUGAGGCUAUAGCCGCUUACAAAAAGGGUCUUGAAAUUGACCCUAAUAAUGAUGCUCUUAAAUCUGGGCUUUCCGAUGCCCAAGCUGCUAUGUCUAGGGAAUCUCGGCCCAGUUCUUCUCCUUUUGGGGAUGCUUUUUCUGGACCAGAGAUGUGGGCGAAGUUGACUGCGGAUCCGAGUACCCGUGGGUUUUUACAGCAACCUGAUUUUAUUAAGAUGAUGCAGGAUAUUCAGAAGAACCCUAGUAAUUUGAACUUGUAUUUGAAGGAUCAAAGAGUUAUGCAAGCUCUUGGGGUUUUAUUGAAUAUCAAAAUGAUGCCCGGUAAUGGUGGUGGGCCUUCUGAUAUGGAGGUUCAAAGUGAGGAGCCCAUAAGGGAGCGAGAAGUUAAGCGACCAGAGCCCAAAGCUGAACCCGUACCAGAACCCGCACCAGAGCCCAUGGUUGAGGAGGAGGAUGAUGAAGUAAAGGAGAAGAAAGAGAAGAAGCGGUUGGCUCAGAAAGAGAAAGAAGCUGGGAAUGCUGCUUACAAAAAGAAGGAAUUUGAAGAAGCAAUUACACAUUAUAGUAAAGCUAUGGAAUUAGAUGAUGAAGAUAUUUCUUUCUUAACUAAUAGAGCUGCUGUUUAUCUUGAGAUGGGCAAGUAUGAUGAGUGUAUCAAGGACUGUGACAAUGCCGUGGAAAGAGGUAGGGAGCUUCGAUCUGACUAUAAAAUGAUAGCCAGGGCCCUAACUAGGAAAGGAACUGCUUUGGCAAAAAUGGCAAAGACGUCAAAGGAUUACGAGCCUGCUAUUGAAGCUUAUCAGAAAGCUUUGACUGAACACCGCAAUCCUGACACACUGAAGAAGUUGAAUGAGGCUGAAAAAGCAAAGAAAGACUUGGAGCAGCAGGAGUACUUUGAUCCCAACAUAGCCGAUCAAGAGCGUGAAAAAGGCAAUGAGUAUUUCAAGGAACAGAAGUACCCUGAAGCAGUCAAGCAUUACACUGAAGCCAUCAAAAGGAACCCUAACGACCCGAAGGCAUACAGCAACAGAGCUGCUAGUUACACUAAAUUGGGGGCAAUGCCAGAAGCACUGAAAGAUGCCGAGAAGUGCAUUGAGCUUGACCCUUCGUUUGUAAAGGGAUAUACUAGAAAGGGAGCUGUCCAAUUCUUCAUGAAGGAAUACGACAAAGCUUUAGAGACUUAUCAGGAAGGACUAAAACUCGAUCCAAACAACCCAGAAUUGCUGGAUGGUGUCAGGAGAUGUGUUGGACAAAUCAAUAAAGCAAGUCGUGGAGAUUUAACUCCUGAUGAACUAAAAGAGAGACAGGCAAAAGCAAUGCAUGACCCAGAAAUCCAGACGAUCCUCACGGACCCUGUUAUGAGACAGGUAUUGAUGGACUUCCAGGAGAAUCCGAAGGCAGCACAGGACCAUAUGAAGAAUCCAAUGGUGAUGCAUAAGAUCCAGAAAUUGAUUAGUGCUGGAAUUGUUCAAGUCAAAUGAAGCUAAAUCUUUUAUAAGGAAACUGUGAUCAAAUUGGUCAUUUAUUGUUUUGGGAUUAAUCAGUUAUCAGUUAUCAGUGACUCCAACUACUGUAUCAAUCAUUUUUACUUGAAUGUGUUAGUUUUUAAUUUUGUCAAUGAAAUUUUCAACGUUAUAUGUUCA